AUAUUCGCCUCAGCGAAAAAAAAAAAGGAUUGGCAGCAGAUGUUCGCUCAGGGCUAAUACUCCAAAAAAACGAAGCUGUGGCCCUCAGAUCAGCUCCCCUUUCAGGCUGUAGAAAUUGUCCCUCAUGCACGGUGUGGCUAAUGGCUCUCUCUCCAGCCUCAUGAGCACUGGGACCUCUGGGGGGUGACUCUUAGGGCUGGGGCGCCUUCGGACUGGUUGGGGGGUCAGUGCAGCCUCGCUUGCCUUUGCUCCCCCUGAGGCCAACCCAUGGCGGUGGGAGCGGCCGCGGAGGGCCUGGGCGCCCCUCCCAGCAGAAGCAGCCAGGGCCAGAGACCGGGAGGCGGGCGGGGGUGGGCAGGAUGGGGGCGUCGGACCCCUGCCGAGCGCAGGACCCAUCUGCGCCUCCCUCCCAGCCUCCCUCCCAUCUGCCCCUGCGCCCGCCGAGGGGCGCUGGCCCAGCGCGACUUCUUCCUCGGGGAUGGGGAGGCCCGACGGGUCCCCCGCGCCCGCCCCGCCCCGUCCCCGCGCAGAUAUAAGGCGGCGGGCUGUCGCGGCUCCGAGCCCCGCCGCCGCCCGUCCCCAUGGCCCGGCCCGCGAUGCUGUUGGCUGCCGCCCUGGCGCUCUGCCUGCUGCUGGCGCAGCCCGGCCUCGCGUGGUACAAGCCGGCGGCCCGGCCCAGCCUCUACUCGGUGGGCCGCGCCGCGGGGCUGCUGUUCGGCCUUCCGAGGUCCCCGGACGCGCGGCGCGCCGAGCCCCGCGUGGGCGCGGGACCCCCGGGCCGGCUCGGCGCCUUCCCGGAGCUGCGCCCCAGCCUGCGGAGCCUCACCCUGUGCGUCAAGGACGUCGCGCCGAACCUGCAGAGCUGUGAGCGGCUCCCCGACGGCCGCGCCACCUUCCAGUGCAAGGCGGACGUCUUCCUGUCGCUCCGCGCCGCCGACUGUCACAGCCCCUGAGCCCGGCUCGGACCCCCGGACUUCGCCGGCUCCCGCGGGCAUCCCCGCCGCACACCGCAGAUACCCCCAGGCCCGGCAGGCACGAGGUGGAGCCCAAUACCGCCCACCCCAUGUCGGCAAUAAAUGGUUAAAUGAAUAAAAGAGAAGUGAAGCUGGG